AUGGCUCAAUAUGACCAACUGGAAGAUAAACAUUCGCUGGAUAUCCACGACAACCCCACAACCCCUGACAAUAUUGUAAAAGAGGAAGACAAUACUGUAUACUUCGUUUAUGAGGAGGAGGUGGAAGUAGAGGAGAAGGAGCCCGAGCCUGAGCCCGUUGUUAUAUUGGUGAAUGACAAACCACACAAGUUCAAAGACCACUACUGCAAGACACCCAAGUUCUGUGACGUCUGUGCUCGUAUGAUAGUCCUCAACAACAAGUUUGCUCUGACGUGCAAAAACUGCAAGACCAACAUCCACCACUCGUGCCAGUCCUAUGUUGAGUAUCAGAAGUGCUUUGGCAAAAUUCCCCCAGGUUUCAGACGAGCAUACAGUUCCCCUCUAUACAGUAGUGACCAGACAGAUGCAGCCCACUCCAACCGUAACGACCCUGUGUUUGACACCCUGCGGGUUGGGGUUGUCAUGGCAAACAAGGAGCGCAAGAAGGGGUCUGAAGACAAGAAGAAUAUGAUGAUGAUGAUGAUGGAGGAAGAGGAAUCACAACAACCCAAAGAAGACGAGCAGGCAGAAGGAAAACCCGAGGGGGAUAAGAAGGGAGACAAGGCUGACAAAGCAGAUGACAAGAAAAAGAAGGAGAUGGGAAACAUGGGAAAUCAGUCCCAUUACUACCUGGCUCUGUACCGCUUCAAGGCCAUUGAGAAAGACGACCUUGAUUUCCAUCCUGGUGAUCGAAUCACUAUAAUUGAUGACGCCAAUGAAGAAUGGUGGAGGGGGAAGAUUGGUGAGAAGACAGGUUACCUCCCCACCAAUUACAUCAUUAGAAUAAAAACGGGGGAGAGGGUGUUCAAGGUGACACGGUCUGUCGUGGGAAACAGAGAGAUGGGACAGAUCACUCUGAAAAAAGACCAGAUCGUGGUGAAGAAGGGAGAGGAGGUGAAUGGCUACCUGAAGGUCAGCACCGGCCGCAAGCUGGGCUUCUUCCCCGCCGACCUGCUCCAGGAGAUCUGAACCUUACCCGGAUCACAACCACAACCAUAGGACUUGGGUCACACCGUCACCAGGACCAUAAUCACACAAUUCAUCAAACCCAGUUUCAGUGAACACACGUGACCAGGCACAGCAUUUUUAUACUACCAAUCUAGCACCACUAUCGUUUUCCACCUGUAGGGGCCUAGGUCUGAUCUGGUGAGUCUGUAAGCUGUUUGAAGGCUGCAAAGGUUCAGAGAGGGCAAGGUUAUUGAGUGUAACCUAAUACUGCAGCCUCCCCAGCCUGUUGAACUGGGUCAGCCGGCCAUGCAAUCCGAGCUGGAUGGAGAAAUGUGUUAGGUAAGACCGUAAAUGUGUGUGUUGGGAAUUUAAAACGUUAACAUGUUUGUGUCAUUUUAAUGUGAUUAAAACUGGACAACCUUAAACUAGAUAUUCAGCAAGGUUCAAAAGGCAAUGGCUGUAACUGCUGUAAGUAGCUAGGAUUUCUACAUCAUUUUUGUUAUUCAUUCAAACACAUUUAUAUUUUGGAGCCUAUUGCUUACUGUCACUGUAGUAGUUCCUUGUUUUUAUACGCAGCUGAAAUACUAGUGCUUUAUUUUCCCCUUGAUGUCAAUGUUAAAGGGAGCUUGUUAAAGUGCAUGUUGUAUUUUUUUUGUUGCAUGGGCCCGUCUUUUAAAAUCAUUGCCAAAACAAUGUGCUGUGUAUUUGAGGAAUUUAUAUAGAGCAAUAGCCUAUGCUGACACACAGACCCACAUGCUUUUGCCAGACUAACGUAGGCCUAUCAUUGAUGCAAGAUUGUAACAUUACAGUACAGCCAUUUGUAAUUCAUGUUCUAUUGAAAUACCAACAGUGCAGUACCAAGUGCAGGCUUAUCCCAUGUAUUGUCUGUCAUGAUAUGCAUCCUUUCAAAACCUGUAUAACUCUGUGAUACCGUCAUAGUAAACUUCAAUGACUGACC